UCGUGCUGCAGCUUAACAGGACAUUACUAGCAUGCAAACAGCGUUUAAAUGCAGCUCCACUUCCCUGAAUCCCACAUGGCUAAUGAACUACAACACUCGCUGCUUAUGCUUGGGUCCUCAUUGGUCUGCCGGUGCCCGUUGGUUAACAGGAUUUGCUGUAAGUAGCUUUUGCCGAAAGGUAAAUAUUACAGGAAAGUAGGUGAACCUCCUUCAGAGAACCAACACCUCUUCUGACCAACAUCGAGGUGUUGAAACGAGGAAAUAUGAGCUAAAACUACACUUGGAGCUGUCAAACCUCCGGGACUCUUUACUUUGAAGUUUGUCUGAGACUUUAGCAGACAUGGUAGAGGUGUUUACCGGCAGGACACUCCUGAAUAAAGACGGGGAUUUAGUCGAUCCUGAAGAGGCGUUGAGGAAUAAAGUGGUGGGGAUCUACUUUUCUGCAGGAUGGUGUCCCCCAUGUCGAGACUUCACACCCAUCCUGUGUGAUUUCUACACGGAACUGGUUGAAGAGAGCGAACCUCCGGCUCAGUUUGAAAUAGUUUUUGUCUCCUCAGACAAGUCGAUGGAUGACAUGGUUGAAUAUUAUCAUGAUAUGCACGGAGACUGGCUAGCUCUGCCCUGGACGGAUGAUUACAAGCAUGAGUUGAAGCAGCGCUACAAGAUCACAGCGGUCCCUAAACUGGUGAUUGUGAAGGAGAACGGCGACAUGAUCACAGACAAGGGCAGGAAACAGAUCAGAGACCGAGGCCUGGCCUGCUUCAGGUCCUGGCUGGACGCUGCAGAGAUCUUCCAGAACUUUAAGGGUUAAGAAAUCAAGUCGAGGAACAUGUCAACCCAUCUUUUCACGAGGGCUACUGUAGCCACAUUAGAGAGCUGAACAAAACCAAAGUAAAAUAAUUCUAUGCUCAUUUUAGUUCAGUGGUUCCCACUUGGGGAUGAAGGGUCAGAAGAUGGUUAAGAGAUAUGAAAAAGCAAACUAUAUUUCUGUUACACAAAAUUAUGUUUAUUUAUUCAGAUAGUUUUGCUUUUUUUUCUUGUCAAAUACUGGAUAUAUUUUACUUCUUAAACACUCUAAAAUCCUUCAAUUAAAUAAUCUGAGAAGGAAAAAUCAAACUUUGGUUGAAUUGCUCACAAGUCAUGCUUUGAUGAGGGGUUUACAUUUAGAUAUGGCUUUGUUUUAAGGGUUCACACUCCAAAAAAGGUUUGGAAACGCUGCUUUAAACAUCCUAUGCAUUUAAGACCAACCUCAGGCGUGUCCAUUAUGGUUCAUAUGUGAAAAAUGCUCUGCUUUAAGGAAAUUGUGCAUUAAGUAUGAAUAAUACAAGCCAGCUACUGUAGUUUCUGAGUUUAUUUGAAAUGCGUUCAUUGAUGUUUAUAAGCUUGUGCACUAAUUAAACAUGCAGUUAAACCUUGCUUUUGUUAGGUAGCUAUCUUUAUGCUUUUUAAGGUUUGACUUGUAGUUCUACAUUGAACUGCCUCUAUAUUUUUGUAUUUUUAUUUUAUAUGAGUUGUUGAGACGGUUAUUAUUAAAAAUAUAUAUAUUCUGA